UUGAGCUGAUGAAGUCCUGUUGGCUUUAACAGAGCUGUUAAGUUUAUUAAGCCUUUGCCAACACUGCCAUGAUCCAUGUGCAAUUGAACGAGUUAAACUUAUUUGGCCAACAGCUGAUUUUGAAUUUCGCAACAAUCGUGCAAGUUUAUUUAUUUAUGUUUACGUAACUCAAAUACAAACCAUUUUUUUUAUUUUAUACACAUUUUUGAGCGUGUCAACGCACACAGAUGCUGUAGUGCGCCAAAAGUUGUAGCCACCGCCACCAACACCCGGCAGCAAGCAAGCAAACAAAACAAACAAGAAAGCGACAACAACAACAACAAGAACAACAUUUGAUCGCCCGCUCGUUUGUGAAGCGGUCAAACGAGAUGGCACGGUCAGCGCAAGACGUGCUGGGCGUGCUGCGCGGUCUGCAAAUAGUUGCGGAGGCGUGCGGACGCGAGCAUCUGUCGCUGACUAAGCAUCUGUGGAGCAAUUCGAGUGUGCGCGAACUGAUCUCAGUCAAUGUGACUCAGACGGUGGACGCGUUGCGUGAGGCCAGCGAACAGCCAGCAGAUCGAUUGCGGAAGGCUCAAGAACUGAUCCAGGAGACCGGGGAACGCGGCUACGUUGUUGCUCACGGCUUGUGCCAGCUGCUGGAGACCAAAUUGCCCUCCGAUCUGAGCGCGCUACAGCGCCUCAAUUCUAGUGGAUCAAGUGGAGCUGCAGCUGGUGGAACAGCUGCUGGUGGCAGCACAGGGUCUGGCCAGCGCUCGAGUCGCAGCCAUUUGGAUGGUGCCGAUGCAGCCACUGUCGAUAUCUCGUCUAUAACGCUGCUCGAAUUCGAGGAGAUCCUCUCCAAGCGCAACAUGAACCGCAACGUUAGCCUACGCACGCCCAACACACAAACCAAGCAGCUGCCCAGCAGCGAUGCGACCUCAGCCAAGGCCAAGGCCAAGGCAGCAGCCAUCCCACCCACGCCCAUUGGCGGCGAUGGCAUUCUGAACAAGGACACCGAAUAUGUGGACAAUCUGAUGCGCUUCGUUGCCGGCAGCUCGACCGUUGCGGCAGCCGAAGCCGCUGAGAAAAAGGCUGCUGCAGCUGCUGCUCCGCCGAGGGACCCAACGUUGCCGGAGCUGAGCAAGGUGGCCAAGCAGAGGAGGGUGCCGGCAUCUCGUCUGGGCCGGAUGGCCUCGUUCGGCGGCUUGUUCGCCGGGCUCGGCCUGGGCACCAUCAAUGAGCUGACCAAGGGCGCCCUCGGGCUGGGCGGAUCGACGAAUAUGCGCGACGCUCUGCUCAGUCCAGCGAACGCGGAGCGGAUCGUGGAUACGCUGUGCAAGGUGCGCGGCGCCGCACUGAAGAUUGGCCAAAUCCUGAGCAUACAGGACACGAAUGUGGUAUCGCCGCAGCUGGCGAAGGCAUUCGAGCGCGUUCGACAGGCGGCCGACUAUAUGCCCGACUGGCAGGUGGAGCGCGUGAUGACCACCCAGCUGGGGCCCGAUUGGCGCAAGCGUCUGCGCACCUUCGAUGACAAACCGUUUGCCGCGGCAUCUAUCGGCCAGGUGCAUCGGGCCACGCUGCUGGACGGCAUGGAGGUGGCCAUCAAAAUCCAAUAUCCCGGCGUUGCCCAGAGCAUCGAGAGCGACAUCGACAAUCUGGUCGGCAUGCUCAAGGUGUGGGACGUCUUCCCCCAAGGCUUCUUCAUCGAUAAUGUGGUGCGCGUGGCCAAGCGCGAGCUCCAAUGGGAGGUGGACUAUGCGCGCGAGGCUGACUACACGGAGAAGUUUCGGCAGAUGAUAUCGCCCUACAAAGAGUAUUAUGUGCCCAAGGUGGUCCGUGAACUGACCACCUCCAGUGUGCUCACCACGGAACUGGUUCCGGGAGUGCCACUCGACAAGUGCUUUGAGCUUAGCUAUGAACAUCGCGCCCACAUCGCCGCCUCGGUCCUAAAGCUCUGCCUGCGCGAGCUCUUCGAGAUCGAGUGCAUGCAAACGGAUCCGAAUUGGUCGAACUUCCUGUACGAUGCGAAAAGUAGCCGAUUGAUGCUAAUCGAUUUUGGAUCGACGCGAUUCUACAAGCACGAUUUCAUUCGGAACUAUCGCCAAGUGAUCAUCAGUGCCGCGCAGAACAAUCGCAACGGCGUCCUCGAGAUGUCACGCAAGAUGGGCUUUCUCACCGGCUACGAGACGAAGCAAAUGGAGCAGGCGCAUGUCGAUGCGGUGAUGAUACUCGGCGAGAUCUUUCGUUACGACGGCGACUUCGACUUUGGCAAACAGAAUACGACCGAGAGACUGGCCGCUCUGGUUCCAACGAUGGUUGCGCAUCGUCUCUGCCCACCCCCGGAGGAGAUUUACUCCAUACAUCGCAAGCUGUCGGGCAUCUUUCUGCUCUGUGCCCGUCUCAACGUUCGCAUGAACUGCGUGCCCUUCUACAACGACAUUAUUUUGGGCAAGUUCAAGGAUUAAGCCAGGAUUGGUUUUCUUUUUAAUUUUUUUUAUUGUGUCUGGCAAGGAAAUAAAGUGCUCUUAGUCUCUGGUUUUGGUCACUAAAAGGAAAACGAAAUAUAAUAGAUUCGCUAACAAUUUUCUGUUUAGUUUUAUAAAGGUUCCAGAAUAAAAAACAUAACCUCAAUUUUCAUUUUUAUUUUAAAUUUAGCGGUUAAGGAUUCUGUGGUUCAUUUCCAAAACGGAGUCAGUUAACCCAUAAGUGCGCAACUUUUGUUUCUGUAAU